UAGUAAGGCUCAGAAAUCCUUCGCGUAGAUGGCACGCCUCCAAGCGUUACCUGUGAUCUGACUCUCGCAUUCAAACACGUCCACGGCUAUGGUCGGUGACACCAUUCCUAAACUCGCGGUUCUCAUUGACGCGGAUAAUGCUCGGUCCUCUGUCGUGGAUGGCCUCCUCUCGGAGAUCGCGAAAUACGGUACAGCUCAUGCGAAGCGGGCACAUGGGGACUGGACUAGACCCAAUCUACAGGGCUGGAAGGACGAGCUCCUGAGACAAUCAAUCCAACCCAUCCAGCAGUUCGCGUAUACCCAAGGCAAGAAUGCAACAGACUCAGCGAUGAUUAUAGAUGCGAUGGACCUUCUGUACUCCUGCCGGUAUGAUGGGUUCUGCCUUGUCUCAAGCGAUAGUGAUUUUACUCGGCUGGCUGCCCGUAUUCGCGAGUCGGGACUAAUAGUAUAUGGAUUUGGGGAGAAUCACACACCAAAGCCCUUCGUCGCUGCUUGUAGCAAGUUUGUUUAUACGGAAAAUCUUGUACACCUUGACAAGCUCGUGCCGCACGCCGGCAGUGUUGCCGUCCCUGAGAAUCAUUCAUCAGCUUCACAGGCCCACAGAGAUGACCAGCUAGCAAAUCGGUUGCGAACAGCGGUAGAAGCAGCCUCCGAUGAUGAUGGCUGGGCAAAGCUGUCGCAGGUGGGCCACUUGCUCACAAAAAAGCACCCCGAUUUCGACUCUCGUACAUAUGGAUACCAUAAGCUCAGCGAUCUUAUCACCGAUUCGUCGUUGUUUGAAACCGCCCGCCGCUCGUUUCGAAAGGGGUCACCCGCAGAGAUCACUGUACGCGAUAAGCGUCGGAAGCCUAGUAGUUCUGCUAAUUAGGUGGAUAUGAGUUGCUUCUCUCUAUUUUCCUUUAUCCGAUCUGG